AUUGAUUGUGUUCGUGUUUCCCAUUUACCUCUCUUUUUUCCUCUCCGCUUCAAUCCCAAUCUCUCCUGAUCUAUCUAUCGCCAUUUUCGGCCUAACAUUUGGCUUUCACAGCUAGUGUCUGGUUAAAGCGUGUUUUUAGAUCAAGCGACUCAUACUAAUCCCGACACUUCCAAGUGGGUUUGUGUUUUGGGAAGUUUUGUCGGCACGAGUGCUUAUUGCCUCGUCUGCGAUUUCUGGAUAUAUUCGUCAUUCUCCAGUCCAACGAGAACGGAUCGUUUCAAGAGGAAAGGUGAAGACCAAGAUAUUAAGAGAUGAAAAUCCAGUGCGAUGUGUGUGAGAAAGCUCCAGCAACUGUGAUUUGUUGCGCCGAUGAGGCCGCUUUAUGUGCUAAAUGCGACAUUGAAGUUCAUGCUGCCAACAAGCUAGCCAGCAAGCACCAGAGGCUUCUCCUUCAGUGCCUGUCUACCAAGCUUCCCACAUGUGACAUCUGCCAAGACAAGCCGGCUUUUAUAUUUUGUGUUGAAGACAGAGCGCUGUUCUGUGAAGCUUGUGAUGAACCGAUUCAUUCAGCUGGCAGCCUUUCUGCAAACCACCAGCGCUUCCUUGCAACUGGUAUCCGGGUGGCUUUGAGCUCCAACUGCUCCAAGGACAAUGAAGAACGUCGCUUAGAGCCACCUAAUCGGAGUGCACAACAAGCUUCUGCAAAAAUCCCCCCUCAGCCUCAGCAAGUCCCAACCUUCGCAUCACCUUGGGCUGUGGAUGACUUGUUGGAAUUCACUGACUUCGAAUCUCCUGAAAAGGCAAAAUCACUCGAGUUUGGAGAGCUGGAAUGGUUAUCGGAGGUGGGUCUCUUCGGGGAACAAUUUCCUGGGGAGGCAUUGGCUGCUGCUGAAGUCCCUCAACUUCCAGUCACACAAAUUAGCAAUGUUGCCUCAUACAGACCCUCUAAGUCCCUCAUGUCUCUCAAGAAGCCGAGGAUUGAAUUUGAAGAUGAUGAUGAACACUUCACCGUGCCUGAUCUUGGUUGAAGCAAAAGUUAAGCCAUGCCCGUGCUCUUUUUACAUGACUCUCCAUGUUGUUUAGCUGUAUAUGUAUAGUCAUCUAAGCACCAAUAUUUUGGGAAUUUAAGUGCCUAUAACGCGAGCUGUGUGAAGUUCACAACACUUGUAAGGAGUUUCAGUUCUCCAGAUAGGGUUACUUGUAAUCGUGCUUAAAUUAUCGUCUGCUCACCCACCACGAACAUGUGGGGGGUAUUUUUUUUUCUAAA